UAUGCCCCCCCCCCUUCCAGGGUAUAUAAAUUGCAAGGGCAAACAAAGCAAGAGCCGGAUAUCCAGUUUGGUCAUGAUCUGUUCCAGUACGUAGCUAUUCAAUGAUCCCGCAGGUUCAUUUUCGUUUCUACUUCAAGGAUUAGGGUGAAAAUCAUUGAAAAAAGAAAAAAAAAAAGUCCAUCCGCAUUCCGCCAUGUCUUAUAAUGGCAGCGGAGUUGUGAUUCAUCCUCAUCACCACGAUUACGGUUAUCAUCAUCUCGUUGCGGGUAUUCGAUCUCCGACAGUCUCUUCCGCACCGGAUUCUUCUUUUGUGGGCGCACCGGAUCAUCACCAGCGGCUAGACUGUUCCAUGUCGGCCGCCCUAACGAGUUAUCAUCCUCAUCAGCAGCCGAUCGGAGCGACCGAUUCCGGCCACGCUCAUCACGCCGAACAAUCGCAAUUGAUUGGCCAGCCCAUUCUGCAAAAGGCUAAAUCAACCGGAAACAGGGGAAUGAGACCUUGCCGGCUGUCGGCGUCGUCGAAAAAGCGGAAACGGGUGGCGACGGUGGCGCAGCGUCGUGCGGCCAACAUCCGCGAACGGCGUCGCAUGUUCAACCUGAACGAGGCCUUCGAUAAAUUGCGGCGAAAAGUGCCGACGUUCGCCUACGAGAAACGACUCUCCAGGAUCGAGACCCUCCGUCUGGCCAUCACUUACAUCUCCUUUAUGGAUCAAGUCAUCCGCAGCGAGGCCAAAGCAUCGCAACCCAUCGCGUCUUCCAGCGCCACUCAUCCACUCGCAUCCGCAGUCGACUAUCGUGAAUCUACUGCCUGGUGAAUCGAUUCUCAUCUCAGGAAAGAGUGCUGGAGAAAGUCUUCCAUCGUCGCCAUCAAAUAAAUCUGUAAAGCGCACAACUACAACGUCGGGAUCGUGCGGGAAAAAGUCUUCCAGAAAAAAUAUCGUUUGCUGUUAUAAAUAUCUUGUUUUGUUUUUUUUCAAAUUUCGGUUUCCCAUUUUGUAAAUGUAAUUUUUUUUUAUGUU